AUGAAUCCCCAACCAGCCUACGGUUUGCUGGAGCCCUUACGCACGUAUUACCCGCUCCUUGUCUUGCCUCUGUUCAUACUAGCCUCCGUAGUCGAUGGCAUGAUUAUUGCGAGGAGGAUUGUUGGAAAUGACUUCCAGCAAAUUAGCCCCGGUGAGGGCCCGCUGCCGAAACGGACCAGGAGCUACAAGGCUGUCCAGACUGAAGAAUGGUUCUCAGAUGGCGAUAAAUUCCGAUUAAGAUGGCUUUCACUCAGCCUAUGCGGUACAUAUCUUGCGGAUGCGACAAUAUAUACCGUCCACGUCAUGAUUGCCUGGUCAGAAAAUUGGUGGGGCGGACAGUCUAUAGUGAUUUAUAUUGUUUGCUCUUUCUGCAACUAUACAGUACUUCUGAGGCAUUCUCAUUCCCCAACUGCUGGUCAUGCUGUCUGCUGGAUCUUUGCCAUUCCCUUCGAGCUCACUAUAACUGGACUGUCUAUAUAUCUCUAUACCUCGCUUCAUCACGAGCCAGUCGUCGGGGAUCGCGAAGGAGGUCCGGUUCGUAAUGGAGUCACAACCUGGGAGUUAAUGGAAGCUGCUACCGCCAGUUUUCGUAUUUUGAUUCUGCUUGCCCUGGCUUAUUCCUACGUUGUGACGUUCACACGCUCCCUGAAUGAGGAUAGGACCUUGAAAGAUGGAAGUACCUUAACAGAGACAGCACCCCUGUUACGUUUCACAGACUUAGACAGUGGGUAUAAUGCAGCUGCAGAUCUUGAGCGACAUCCGUUCCAUUACCAGAGCUGGCCGGGACCAAUUUCCGCCUGCUCACUCCUUCUGUCUUAUAUGUGGCCGUCUGAGUCACGCUGCCUCAAGACAACGGCGAUGGUAUGUUUUCUUCUUCUCCUUAUCCAACGAAUAGUCAAUGUCUUAGUUCCCGCUCAGCUUGGGGUGAUAUUCACGACUCUUGAAGACGAAAAGGAGGGAAGUAAUCUGUUUAUUCUGUGGUCAGACGUCGCCAUAUGGGUUUUCUGUUAUUGGCUGCAGGGAAUACUGGGCGAUCUGCGUUCUGGCCUCUGGCUCCCAGUGCGGCAGUAUGCCUACAAAAAUCUUGCAACAUCUACCCUUCAGCAUAUUCACCGUCUCGACUGGGAAUUCCACCGAAACAAAGAUACAGGUGAAGUCAUGUCAGCACUGAGGAAUGCCACACAAGUCACCGAUUUCUUAGAACAAGCUGUCUUCCGGCUUUUUCCAACGCUGUUGGAUUUGGUUAUUGCAGUUUGGUACUUCCUUAUUGCAUUUGACGCCUACUUUGCCCUUUUGUUUGGCGUCUUUUCCUUCAUCUAUAUCGGCAUCACUAUUCGUCUGGCUCAGUGGAGAAAAGAAAGCAGGAGACAAGAGGCUACUGCCUCAAGAAAUGAAGAUGCAGUAAAGAAUGAUUCCAUCGCGUCAUAUGCGGCAGUUAAGUAUUUUAAUGGCGAAAAUAAGGAGGUCUGCCGAUAUCGCCACGCUGUCAGGGGAUUCCAGUGGUUUCAGUCUCAGUCGUCGCUCCGCAGAAUGCUGUUGAACACCACCCAGACAACCAUCUUAUCAAUUUGUUUGCUACUUACGGGGCUUAUUGCCGUAUAUGAGGUCUUUGCUGGUUUACGACCCGCGGGCCAAUUCGCAACAUUGGUUGCGUAUAUGUCGCAGCUCCAACGCCCGUUGACUUUCUUUGGAAAGUUCUACCUGUUGAUCCAGUCUGCUCUCAUUGAUGCCGAGCGCAUGCUACAGCUCAUAAUAAGACAGCCAAUGGUGUUCGAUCGCUCCCACGCAACGCAUAUGGGGGAAUGUGAGGGCGGAAUCAAGUUCCAGAAUGUUGAAUUCUUUUAUGAUGCACGAAAGCCUAUCUUGCGAGGGCUAACAUUCGAAUGUCCAUCAGGAACUACUACAGCUCUAGUUGGGGAGUCAGGUGGCGGCAAAUCAACCGUUUUGCAGCUCAUUUAUCGGUUGUAUAAUGCCACCAAGGGUGAUAUUUUUGUCGGCGGCCACAGCGUACAUGAUGUCACCAUUGAGUCUCUCCAAAGGCAGAUUGGCAUCGUACCGCAAGCCCCCGUCCUAUUUAAUGAGACCUUCAUGUAUAACCUGAAGUAUGCCAAUCAGGAUGCUGAAGACAGUGACGUUUAUGAGGCCUGCCGUGCUGCUGGGAUCCACAGUCAAAUAGUAGCUUGUCCUGAUGGCUAUGAUACUAAGGUUGGGGAGCAAGGCUCUCUUCUGAGUGGUGGUGAGAAGCAGCGUGUAGCACUUGCUCAGGCCAUUCUCAAAAAUACCAAGUUCAUAUUGAUGGAUGAAGCCACGGCUGCGCUCGACACUGGCACUGAGAAGCAUGUCCUGAAAUCCCUGAGACAGCUCACUACUGGCCGUACCGUGCUUAUUGUUGCCCAUCGACUCAGCACUAUCGUCGAUGCAGACAAGAUCAUGGUCAUCCAUGGAGGCAGAGUGGCGGAAAGUGGAACUCACCAGCAGCUUUUGAUGAUGCACGGCCAUUAUGCCAAACUAUGGUCAUCGCAGUCAAUGACACUUCCAUAUCAGUGA